GCUCAGAAGAGGCGGGUAGAUGAUUAGUAACCCUAUCCCUCAGCUCAAAGGACAGGAUAGGCUAGGGGAUUUGUGUUUUAACUGCAAGACUUAGUCAGAGGAGCACCAUCAACAGAAGAACAAAUGUCUCUUUUGGAGGAUUUUGUUUUCUUCCUUUUCUCUAGUCCCACCACUUUAUUGGGGGUUGUUGCUCUCUUUCUCAUCCUCUAUCUUAUUGCCAGUAGUUUCACCUCCCAGGAAAUGGGGAAGGAGCCCCCAGGGCCGAUGCCUCUUCCCCUGCUUGGCAACCUUUUGCAGCUUGAUCUCAAGAGACCCUACAAAAGCCUCUGUGAGCUUUCAAAGAAACAUGGCUCUGUGUUUACGGUGUACUUUGGAACCAGUAAAGUGGUUGUUCUGUCUGGAUACAAAGCAGUCAAAGAGGCUCUGGUCAGCUAUGCAGACGAGUUUGGAGACAGAUAUGUCUCCCCUAUUUUUUAUGAUACGAAUCAAGGUCACGGAAUUCUUUUUGCAAAUGGAGAAUCAUGGAAAGAGCUGAGGCGUUUUGCCCUCACCACCCUAAGGGACUUUGGGAUGGGCAAAAGAGUCGCUGAGCAAAAAAUCUUGGAGGAAUGCCACCAUCUGAUCCAAAUGUUUGCAAAGCAUGAAGGAAAACCAUUUGAUACUGUACGACCGUUGAAUUAUGCAACAUCCAAUAUCAUCUCCUCUAUCGUGUAUGGAAGCAGGUUUGACUACAGUGACCCCCGAUUCAAAAACAUGGUGAGAAGAGCCAACGAGACCAUACGUGUUACCGGCUCUCCACAAAUCCAGGUUUACAACAUGUUUCCCAGGCUGGUUGGAUGGAUAAAAAACCGGCAGCUGAUAUUAAAAAAUGUUGAAAUGUCCAUCAGAGAUGUCAAAGAUUUAAUCAGGAAUCUGAAAGAGACACUAAACCCUCAGAUCUGCAGGGGCCUUGUGGACUGUUUUCUUAAUCGGAAGCAGAAGGAAGAGGAAUCUUCAGUUAUGGACACUCACUACAAUGAGAAGAACUUGAUAUUUACAGUAACAAACCUGUUUGCUGCUGGUACUGAUACCACAGCGACUACACUGAGAUGGAGUUUGCUGCUUAUGGCUAAAUAUCCACGUAUACAAGAUCAGGUCCAGGAGGAGCUGGGCAGGGUGGUUGGGAGCCGUCAGGUCCACGUAGAGGACAGGAUGAGCCUGCCGUACACUGAUGCUGUCAUCCAUGAGACACAGAGACUGGCCAACAUUGUCCCCAUGGCCAUUCCUCACAAAACCAGCCGAGACGUCACCUUCCAGGGCUACUUUAUCAAAGAGGGGACUACUGUGUUUCCUCUUCUUACUUCUGUCCUGCAUGAUGAAAACGAGUGGGAGAGCCCACACACCUUCAACCCUUCCCACUUCCUGGAUAAGGAGGGUAAAUUCAUCAGGAGAGACGCCUUCAUGCCCUUUUCUGCAGGUCGCAGGGUGUGUCUUGGGGAAAGUCUGGCUAAGAUGGAGCUCUUCCUCUUCUUCACCGCCCUCCUCCAGCGCUUUCGUUUCACUCCUCCACCUGGAGUUACAAAGGAUGAACUGGAUCUGACACCAGCUGUGGGCUUCGUCCUCGCCCCUUCACCUCAUGAGCUGUGUGCCGUCAGUCGCAAUGAGGAAGAGAGCUGGAGCAUGGCAUUAUAACUGCCUGUGCCAAUGGCAUGAAUAUUGUUUUAUUCACCCUCACUAAGGCCACAACAUACUGAGCAGCCUGCAGAUGUCCCAUCCUCAGGAUACCGUCAGGGGACAGUUUAUU